AUGAGAAAGCCUUCCCAAGAGAGUCUUUUCAAGUGUGUGAGCAGUGUAGAGAGCCUUUUCAAUAGUGUCAGCAGUCUAGAGAGCCUUUUCAAGUGUGUGAGCAGUCUAGAGAGCCUUUUCAAGUGUAUGAGCGGUCUAAAGAGCCUUUCCAAGUGUGCGAGCAGUCUAGAGAGCUUUUCCAAACCCUCUCCAAGUGUGUCAGCUAUUGACAGACCCUCUCCAAGUGUGUCAGCUAUUGACAGACCCUCUCCAAGUGUGUCAGCUAUUGACAGACCCUCUCCAAGUGUGUCAGCCAUUGACAGACCCUCUCCAAGUGUGUCAGCUAUUGACAGACCCUCUCCAAGUGUGUCAGCUAUUGACAGACCCUCCCCAAGUGUGUCAGCUAUUGACAGACCCUCUCCAAGUGUGUCAGCCAUUGACAGACCCUCUCCAAGUGUGUCAGCCAUUGACAGACCCUCUCCAAGUGUGUCAGCUAUUGACAGACCCUCUCCAAGUGUGUCAGCUAUUGACAGACCCUCCCCAAGUGUGUCAGCUAUUGACAGACCCUCUCCAAGUGUGUCAGCUAUUGACAGACCCUCCCCAAGUGUGUCAGCUAUUGACAGACCCUCUCCAAGUGUGUCAGCCAUUGACAGACCCUCUCCAAGUGUGUCAGCUAUUGACAGACCCUCUCCAAGUGUGUCAGCUAUUGACAGACCCUCUCCAAGUGUGUCAGCCAUUGACAGACCCUCUCCAAGUGUGUCAGCUAUUGACAGACCCUCUCCAAGUGUGUCAGCUAUUGACAGACCCUCCCCAAGUGUGUCAGCUAUUGACAGACCCUCUCCAAGUGUGUCAGCCAUUGACAGACCCUCUCCAAGUGUGUCAGCUAUUGACAGACCCUCCCCAAGUGUGUCAGCCAUUGACAGACCCUCUCCAAGUGUGUCAGCCAUUGACAGACCCUCUCCAAGUGUGUCAGCCAUUGACAGACCCUCUCCAAGUGUGUCAGCCAUUGACAGACCCUCUCCAAGUGUGUCAGCUAUUGACAGACCCUCUCCAAGUGUGUCAGCUAUUGACAGACCCUCUCCAAGUGUGUCAGCUAUUGACAGACCCUCCCCAAGUGUGUCAGCCAUUGACAGACCCUCUCCAAGUGUGUCAGCCAUUGACAGACCCUCCCCAAGUGUGUCAGCCAUUGACAGACCCUCUCCAAGUGUGUCAGCCAUUGACAGACCCUCUCCAAGUGUGUCAGCCAUUGACAGACCCUCUCCAAGUGUGUCAGCCAUUGACAGACCCUCUCCAAGUGUGUCAGCCAUUGACAGACCCUCUCCAAGUGUGUCAGCCAUUGACAGACCCUCUCCAAGUGUGUCAGCCAUUGACAGACCCUCCCCAAGUGUGUCAGCCAUUGACAGACCCUCUCCAAGUGUGUCAGCCAUUGACAGACCCUCUCCAAGUGUGUCAGCCAUUGACAGACCCUCUCCAAGUGUGUCAGCCAUUGACAGACCCUCCCCAAGUGUGUCUGCCAUUAAGAGAGCCUUGCUAAGUGUGUCACACUGUUAUGAGGAGUGA